AUGAAGCCGAGUCACGGGGGGGGGGGCGGUUACGCGCGAGGACUGCCCGGGGCGCGGCGGAAGCCGGCCCGCCUCUUGACUGGGGACCGAGCCAGAAGACGCGUGUGUUUUGCACGUCUGGAAGCCGCCAGGCCCGGCAUCUCCAAUUACAAGAAAGGCCGAGACGCGGGAGGGGUGGAAGGAGAAGCGGAGCCCACGCGGCCCAGCGGACUGACCCCCAACCGAGCCCUCGGCUUCCUCAGCUUCGCCCUCCUCCUGGGCAGAAAAAGAGCUCCCUUGCCCUCCCAAAGGCCCUCCUGGGAGUGGGUCCAGCCGACUCCCCCCCAGCAGCAGCCCACCCGUCUCCCCCAGGAUCUGGGCCUCGGGCUGGGCUGUGAAGCGCAGGUGGCCAAACUCAAGGGGCCUCCAGUCAGGGCUGGGAGCAGAGGUGGCCGCCGAGGGAAAGGGGCCCUGCUGGAAGGAAAGGCCUGCUGGCUGGGGGGCACACACACCCCCUUGGAGAAACUGCGGGAGGAGGGGGGCUUCUCUGGCAGCUGCAACCCAGCCCAGAGUUCUUCUGGUUUGUCAGUAGGUCGUUUUCCAGGAUUGCUGCCACAUUAUUUCCUGGAAGAAGUUCUCGUUCAAGUGAGAGCCCACCAGCCACCAGAACUGCAGAGAAUGAGCCCCUGACUUUCCCCUUGGAACGCCCCCUCCCUUUCCAGCCACCCAGCAGGAAGUGCAUUAGAGAAGUUUCUGUUGACUGUUCUUGUGCUUCCUGCUGCAGUCGGCCCUUCAGCAGAGGCCUCCCCUGACCUGUUUGUCAUUUCCUCCACUUUAUGGCUCUGUUGACCAUCUCCAGGUGGCAAACACCUGUGAACCAAGGGAGAGUGCUGAUCUCGGCACUGGACGGUGACCAGAUUCAGCCGCUGGGCCAGAAGGCUGGAGAGCAGCAAACGGAACACAGCCAAACAACCCGGAAAACCCACAACACACAAAUGCUACACUGACUUGUAAAAAGGAGGCCAAAGAGUGACUGGCCAGUUAGCCCGACGUCUGUCCCAGGCAAAUUUGUAGAACUUGUCAUCACGGAGGGAAUUGCUGAGCCUGUGGAGGAGCAACUCCUGCUUAGGCAAGAUCAGUCCCGGCCUCCCCAACUUUUGCAAAAAGGAUACUCCAGAGCUGGCAAAAGGACAGAAGAGCAACUAAGAAGAUUUGGAGAUUGGAGCACAUUCUGGAUGAGGAAAGGCUGAGGAGACUUUGGGGACUUUCCCAUGUAGAAGACAGUUUACUGUGGGGGGGGGGGGGAGAUUGGUACCAGUUUAUUGAAACAUGCACGGGGGAGCGUGGAAUUUGCGGCCAGAGGACGUAGUAGUGACCCCAGAGUGGCUCUAAAAGGGAAUUGGACAGAUUCACGGAGGAGGGGGCUAUCCAGGGUCCCUUGCUGACGAAAGGGAACCUCCUGUUCAGAGGCAGUCUACCUCUGGAUCCCAGUGCCAAAGGCCAGCAUGAGAUCGCAUUGGCCUCGGAGCCCUGUUCUUGGCCCUCCAUUGGAGGGCCAUAUAGAACCUCAGGUGUGCACGCGCGCACACACACACACACUCUUUACAGAAACAAACACAAAGGAUAGAACGGAAAGACUGAAUGGCAAGUCGUCCAGUCUGUGGCUUCAUCAUUUCCCCUGCGGUCACUAGUCCUCAUGAACUUUGAGAGUUGGAUUGGAAUCUGCUCCUGCUGCUCGCAUUCUUCGGCAGAGGAGCCCCUCCUCCUCUCCCU